UUCCAGAGAUAUUACAGAAACCAAAUACACUGAAUCUUUGAUAUUCUGCAAACCCUAAAAAAAUCCCAAUUUCUUUCCAGUUUGUGGAGAGUGAAAUCCUAUUUAGGGAAUGCAGAGAGAUGGUAAGAGAAUCCCCAUUUUCUAAUACCCUUUUAGGAGGCUGUAAGCCCCAAAUCUCCCUCGCCGGCGGCCGGAAUUGCCACCGGAAACACGUCAAUCUUUUUUCUGAAGGUUCUUGAACCCACCCACCCACUCCCCAUUUUCACCUCCCAUAUAGACCCAUCAAUCUUUUCUUUGAAAAAACAAACACCCUUUUCAAUCUUGCUUCAGAAAAGUUGCUCAAAAAAACAAUCUUUUUUGCAAAACUAACACCCUUUUCAACCUUGUGUUCAAAAAACAGGUCAUUUUUGCAAAAAAAACAAACACCCUUUUCAAUAUUUGCUUCAAAAAAGCAAUCUUGUUCGCACAAAACAAACACCCUUUUCAGUCUUGCUUCAGAAAAGUUGCUCAAAACACAAUCUUUCUGCAAAACUAACACCCUUUUCAACCUUCUGUUAAAAAAACAGGUCAUUUUUGCAAAAAACAAACACCCUUUUCAAUAUUUGCUUCAAAAAAGCCAUCUUUUUUGCCAAAAACAAACACCCUUUUCAGUCUUUUCUAAUGGGGCCAGAAGAAAAGAAUGGAGUUUUGUACGGAAAAUAUGAGCUGGGACGAAUUUUAGGCCAAGGUACUUUUGCAAAAGUGUACCAUUCUCGUAACGUGGUUACAGGGGAAAAUAUAGCCAUGAAAGUAGUAGGGAAAGAGAAGGUGAUAAAAGUAGGAAUGAUGGAGCAAAUCAAACGAGAAAUCUCCGUUAUGAAAAUGGUGAAACACCCAAAUAUAGUUGAGCUUCACGAGGUUAUGGCGAGUAAAUCAAAGAUUUACUUCGCCAUGGAAUUUGUUAAAGGUGGUGAAUUGUUCGCGAAGGUUGCCAAAGGAAGGUUAAGAGAAGAUAUAGCACGUGGCUAUUUUCAGCAAUUGAUUUCAGCUAUUGAUUUUUGUCAUAGCCGCGGAGUUUAUCAUAGGGAUUUAAAGCCUGAGAAUUUGUUGUUAGAUGAAGAAGGUAAUCUUAAGGUAACAGAUUUUGGGCUUAGCGCGUUUUCGGAUCAUUUAAGGCAAGAUGGUUUGUUACAUACAACUUGUGGUACCCCUGCUUAUGUUGCACCUGAAGUUAUUGGUAAUAAUGGCUAUAAUGGUGCAACAGCUGAUAUUUGGUCAUGUGGUGUAAUUCUUUAUGUGCUUAUAGCUGGUUUUUUACCAUUUCAAGAUGAGAAUAUUAUGGCUAUGUAUAAGAAAAUUCAUAGGGGUGAUUUUAAGUGUCCACCUUGGUUUUCAUCAGAUGCAAGAAAGUUGAUAACAAGAAUGUUGGAUCCGAAUCCGUGUACUCGAAUCACUGCUUCAAAGAUUAUGGAUUCCUCUUGGUUUAAGAAAUCUGUGCCAAAUACAUUGAAGACCAAGGAGGAAGAAGAAUUUGGCGUAGGAAAGGCGAAAACGAUUGAGUCUUUAAAUGCUUUUCAUAUCAUAUCUUUAUCGGAGGGGUUUGAUUUAUCACCUUUGUUUGAGGAAAAGAAGAAGAUGGAGAAGGAACAAUUGAGGUUUGCAACAACAAAGCCAGCUAGUAGUGUGAUAUCAAAGCUAGAAGAAGUGGCGAAGACGACGAAAUUCAGUUUAAAGAGGAGUGAUUCUAGUGUUAGAUUGCAAGGGCAAGAGAGUGGGAGAAAAGGGAAAUUAGGAAUUGCUGCUGAUAUAUUUGCUGUGACACCUUCAUUUUUGGUUGUGGAAGUGAAGAAAGCAAGUGGUGAUACAUUAGAGUACAACCAGUUUUGCAGCAAAGAGCUUAGGCCAGCUCUUAAGGAUAUUCUAUGGACAUCAGCACCUGAGAAUUCAACUCUUGCUUGAGUUACUAGUACCUAUAGAUUCAUGUGUUAGAUUGAAUUUGUUUAGUUUUGUUCUUGUUCUUCUUGUUUUUAGAUGUGUUUAUUGAUAUUGAGACUGAAUUUGAAGUUGGUCUCUUGAAAUGAAACUAGGCUUCUGUUGUUGCAUCCUUUGAUAGUUCCUUUAAUCCAAUUGUGGUUUCUUGAAAA